AUGGGCGACAUGCCUGAGACAGCCAUAUUCCGACGGUUCGGGUUUUUGAAUGCCCAGAUACUCCUCUACAUGCAAGCAGAGCUGGUGAGCCUGGAAGACAGACUCCGCAGGAUCCAAGCCCGGGACAACGAAGCUCCUGGGUCAAGGUCGUUGUAUGCGAAAAACUGGUUUUUCCUCGGUAACUCAAAAUAUCAGGACGACGGCGACGAGCGGCAGUGGGAACUCGUCAAGGAGAUCCGCGAGAAGCUGAAAGAAUACAACGAGAUGCUCAUCCAGCAGCUGAAAAUCGUGUCCGUCAACCCGCCCGGCUCCUACGACCUGCGCUACAUCCAGCGCUACCUCUUCUCCGAAGACAUGGACAACGGCGUUCUCACCGGCAAGGACGCGGACCUCUGGGGCUCGCUGGACAACCCCAAGGGCCACGCGCCGGAUCUGCUGGCGCUGCUGGGGCGGCAUAAUGAGGACUUCUUCUCCAGCUGGGUGACUGAAAGCUUUGUGGACAAGCUGAUUGAACUGCAGCAAAAACGGAAGACGUCGUCGUCGUUGACGACAACACCACCACCACCACCACCGAAACUCGACGAUUUCACUGACAAGAAGCUGCUGCGCUGGACGUUCAUGGUUGCGAGCGUGCUGGCGUCGGCUCUCCCCAUUGUAUCCAUCGUCAUUCUCUACUGGGUCCGGUCCAUCAAGGUUCGGCUCGGUCUCAUUGCCGUCUUCAACAUCGUCCUGUCUUUUGUUCUCGCGUGGUUCACGUCGGCAAAGCGCGCCGAAGUCUUCGCCGUCAGUGCGGCCUUCUCUGCUGUUUGCGUCGUCUUUGUACAAGUUGGGGCGGAUGAUUCGCAUGAUGCAAGUAGCUGA